AUGGGCCAAGGGAAUAAGACAGCUCUGGCUGAAUUUCUCUUCCUGGGCCUCUCAGCCCGCCCUGACCUCCAGCCCCUCCUCUUUGCAUCUGUGCUGGCCUCCUACCUGGCCACUCUUCUGGGCAAUGCCCUCCUGGUGUCCCUGAUCCUCCUUGACAGCCGGCUGCAUCGGCCAAUGUACCGCCUGCUGACUCACUUGGCUAUGCUGGAUGUGUCCUAUGUGAGCACCAUUCUGCCUCAGGCCCUGGCACACAUGCUAGUCCAGAGGCGGUCAAUUCCUUUUGCCCGCUGUGGCAUUCAGCUCUAUGUGGCCUUCUCUCUGGGCAGCACCGAGGCCCUCCUCCUGGCCUCCAUGGCUGUUGACCGCUGCCUAGCCGUCUGCCGGCCCCUUCACUAUGCUGCUAUCAUGACUCCAGGUCUUUGUGGGGGUCUGGCAGGUGGUGCCUGGGCCCUGGGCUUCUUGUUUUCUGUGCCCAAUGCAGCUGCUGCUCUACGCCUGCCUUACUGCAUCGGGCGCCCACCCAUUGACCACUUCUUCUGUGAACUGCCAGCAGUUCUGAGGGUGGCCUGUGCUGACACGACCCCCAAUCGGAUUCUAGUCUCUGCCAUGGGUGUCCCCAUCCUUCUGGGGCCCUUUGGCUGCAUUCUGGCUUCCUAUGGUCUCAUCUUGGCCACUGCCCUGCGCCUCCCCUCUGCCCAGAGCCGCCGCAAGGCCCUCUCCACCUGUGGAGCCCACUUGGCUGUGGUUGGCCUUUUCUAUGGAACUGUGAUGGCCAUGUACCUGAGGCCCAAGGGACUCACCCCAGCUGGGCACCACAAGCUCACAGCAGUCUUCUACACAGUGGUCACUCCACUGCUUAACCCACUUAUCUACAGUCUGCGGAACAAGGAUGUCCACAGUGCUGUCAGGUACGCCAUUGCUCGCGUCAAGGGGAUGAGGGCAGGAGCCAUAGAAUCAUAG